AUGGGCAUUCAUCGGAAGCCCGUUGGUGCACCAGACGCGAACUACGAGCCAUACCAACCGAACCAGCAACUCCAGAGGCAGGAGUCCUGGGAGGUCUAUUCGGACGAGGACGAAGAACCGGCAACGGGCGCCGACAAGCCGGCCGUUCCUACAUACAAACCUUAUAGACCACCUGGAGCAUGGGAUGAUCACGCACCACAAGAGAGUGGGACGACCGCGUCAGCGACGGGCGAACCAGUUCCAAACAGUCUUCGACCUGGCGGCGGACGAGCGCAGACCAACCCGUUCCUGCGCGAUUCUUCACCAUCGGCUGCGAAGCCUGAUAUACCGACCGAGCCACUGGCGAGGCUGGACAUCAACCACACCGGUGCGAGCACAAAUCCAUGGCAAGGGCAAGGGCCUGAGCGAACGCAAACCACGACCUCAUCCAAUUACGCAACACCGCCCACCACGGUCACGACUGAGCCGAAUCCUUGGGCGCAGGAACCCGGCGGUAAUAUUGCAUACUCUCCCGCCUCCGUCACGGUCCUUGACCAGGCAAGCAACCAACAAGAGCUGUUCAAAUCGCCAGCGCCAGUCGACGAUAGCCCGUGGGGACCUCCUUCUACGAGCGCACCGCAAGCGGCCGCGCAACCACCGCCUCUGCCACCUGUGCCUGGAAGUCUUCCACCACCACCUGUACUACUUCAACCCCCCGACCAGCCGUCACCACAACCAUCACAGUCGAGCUAUGGGGAGAACAACCCCUUCUUCGGCCAGCAGUCCAAUGUCUCACAUCUGUCGAGAUCUCCGUCGCGGUCACCUGACGUAGUAUCAGCCCCAUCAGAUGAUGGCUCGGGAUAUGUUGACGUCGGUAAGGAAACGGCGCCUCAGGCCUCGCAGUUGCCUCCCGUCGGUCCGAAUCCCGAUAGAAGCGCGGGGGGCUCCGACGUUGUGGACGCCAACGACAAAGGCAAGGGCAAGGCAGCUGGUUCUCAGAUCGAUGAGUGGCGACUUGUGGACGAGGACGGGACAUCUGCAUUGGCACAAGGGAGCGGUUCUGUGGGCGAGCGACCGCCUCUGCCACUCAGGAAGUUGUCUGGUGAAGCCUCGGGACUGAACCACAGACCUACUGUUGAUGCGAAAACGGAGACGUAUCAGAUCAAGAACAUCAAGUGGCACGAUGCUACGAACUCGCAGCAACCCCGCGUGUCGCCCAUCCUGAUUCAGAAUGCCAACGGACCAUGCCCCCUGGUGGCUUUGGUCAAUGCACUUACCAUGACCACCCCGCCCGAUGCAAGCGACACGUCGUUGGUUGAAGUCCUGCGGUCGCGCGAGCAGAUUAGCUUGAAUUUACUACUCGACGCCGUGUUUGAAGAGCUCAUGUCGCCUCGGCGGACGGACGCCGAUGGCGCCCUGCCAGAUGUAGGAGACCUUUAUGCUUUCUUGAUGGGCUUACACACGGGCAUGAACGUGAACCCGCGAUUCAUACCGUCUCCGGCCAUUCGGACGGCAUUCGAGCAGACGUCACUGACACACUUGGACGCGGCCGACCGAGCGAACUUGAUUCCAGGAACCUUUGAAAACACGCACGAGAUGGGGCUGUACGCGACGUUCAAGAUUCCGCUGAUCCAUGGGUGGCUGCCGAAGCCAGAAGACCCCGUGCACGAUGCGAUGGAGCGCCAGGCUCCUUCGUACGAAGACGCGCAGAAUUUGCUGUUCCGGGAGGAGGAGCUCGAGCAUAAGCUCUCAUCCGAAGGACUUUCAGGGCAGGAUCAGCAACUGUACCAGGAUCUGAUAUCUAUCAAGGGAUUUCUAGAGGGUUCUGCGACGCAGAUCACAGCCUGGGGCAUCCAGGUCAUUUCCAAAGCUAUCCGUCCCGGCACGUUUGCGAUUCUCUUCCGCAACGACCAUUUCAGCACACUAUACUGCCAUCCACAGACAAAGGAGCUGGUGACCCUGGUGACCGACGAAGGGUUCCGGUCACACGAGGAAAUUGUGUGGGAGAGUCUGGUUGACAUCAGUGGCCGCCAAACGCAGUACCUGUCGGGUGACUUUGGAGUCGUAGGAGACGGCGCGUCAUCGACAUUUGGUGGCUUUUCGGAGGAUCAAGGGGCUGGAUGGACCACCGUGGAAGGUCGAAGGGGAGGCCGUGAGCAGCAGGGCGCGUCCAACGAGGCGCCCCUCUCGCCCAUGGAGCAAGAAGAUCGCGACCUUGCCCUUGCCCUACAGCUUCAAGAGGAAGAGGACCAACGCCACCAGCAGGAGCAGGACCGUCGAAGGCAAGAGCAGAACCUGUCGAACCAAUACAUCGAGCAACAAGGUCGACCGGCAGCCACGGCCAACCGAACACCAGGGCAAACACUCCAAGGCAGGCGAUCUGUGAGUGCUCGGGGCAGCAUCGCCCCAGCACGAACGAGCUCAUCUCAGCCGGGUUUGACGGUGCCCUCUCCGAACACCCAAGCGCCACGACAACCACCUCGUCCGACAACGCAGACUGUACGGUCCCUGGUGCCUCCGCGCCGCUCUGGCCCCGACACGCAUCGACCAGCGGCGGCUGGAACAGACGCACCGCCGCCCUAUGAACUGGCAGCGCAUGAUGAACCUUUCAACCCACCGCCAGGGCACCCCGCCCACGCGACGAGCACCAACACGUCGACGCUGAGCAGUGAUGCUACGCCGCCACCACAGCCGGCCAGACCAGUGAGGGCGAGUAAUGCAUUGGGGCCGGGGACGAGGCCGCAGGUGCCACAUGGAGGGCGCGAGCGGGACCGGGAUUGCGUGGUGAUGUGA